CCCAUUGGCUCUAUUGUUUGGCAGUGGAGACCCCCUUCCACCCUCAUUGGAGACCAUCCAUGCAGUGAGUGUGCAGACAAGUAUCACCCUUUGGGUUGUGAAUGACAGCAGGAUCCUGGCAGGAAAGGACCCCCACAGAGGAUCGUUCAGACCCCCUUCAUGACAGACAGCUCUGGAGCCCAGAACGACACACAAGGGUCUGGAUACUGAGUCCAGUCUGUCCCUGAAGUUCAGCAAGACGUGAGAGGACUUGGAUCAUGCCCUCAGACCUGUAAUCCCCCUGAGACAUCACUGGAAGGAAGGAGGAAAAUAGCAACAGUGGAUCCCAUUGGAGAGAGAUCUCAGUGGGGCAUGAUGAUUUUGCUCAGGCCAAGCUAGAAGCCAUCCAGGGACAGACUCCAACAGGAAGGAGAUCAGAUACAGAACGCAUGAGAAGGCCUUUUUGUGCCGCUCCUGAAGCAAUGCUCUAGAGCCACCAGGACCAUGAAGGGGCUAGGAGAUAACAGAAGCCGCCACCUCUCUGAUAACCUGGACUCCCCUCAAGACUCUCUCUAUGCCACCCAGGACAGGAACCCAUAUCUCCUCAGCCCCACUGACUCCUAUACCAUGGACCCCCGGUUUCCAGCCCCAAAUUCCCUCCAUGGCGACUGCCUCCUCCCACUCAACAACCAGAUUUCCAACAGCAGCACUUUCCCCCGGAUCCAUUAUAACUCGCACUUUGAGGUUCCAGAUGAGAACCCCUUCCCAAGCCAUGCCCAAGCCACCAAAAUCAACCGCCUCCCUGCAAACCUCCUGGACCAGUUUGAGAAGCAGCUGCCCAUCCACAGAGACGGUUUCAGCACCCUCCAGUUCCAAAGGAGCGAUUCCAAACACCGGAGUGAGAGCCCUGGACGCAUACGGCACCUGGUCCACUCAGUCCAGAAGCUCUUUGCCAAGUCCCAGUCCCUAGAGGGCAAUGCCAAAGGUAGUGUGAAUGGUAAGAAGGGCACCGAUGACCCAAAGCAGAAUCGGAGGAGCAAGAGCAAAGACCGGGCAAAGACCACUGAGACAAAACGCAGGACCAGAUCUAACAUAUCAGGCUGGUGGAGCUCAGACGACAACCUAGACAGUGACACCUGCAAUUACCGCAACCCCAUGGGCCUCAUGACUUUGGGUAGGCAGCCAGACCACAGCCAGCCUAGGUACUUCAUGCACGCUUAUAACACCAUCAGUGAGCACAUGCUGAAAUCCUCCAAGAGCAAUAACGACCUGAAGGUCACCCCCUGCACCAGCAUCCCCAUCAACAAUGAGUCCAACUACAUCAAAAGGGGCUCCUGGUCCACACUCACUCUUAGCCAUGCCCGGGAAGUGUGCCAAAAGGCAUCCGCCACCAUUGACAAAGCCCUGUUGAAGUCCAAGUCCUGCCAUCAAGACUUAGCCUAUCAUUACCUGCAGGUGCCUCAGGGAGAGUGGAACAAUACACUGUCUCAGGACAAAGACAACGAGAUCCCAUGCCGACGCAUGCGGAGUGGAAGCUACAUCAAAGCCAUGGGGGAUGAUGACAGUGAAGACUCCGAAACCAGUCCCAAACCAUCCCCGAAAACUGCAGCUCGAAGGCAGAGUUACCUCAAGGCCACUCAACAGUCACUGAGUGAACAGAGCACUACACAGAGGAGCCUGGAUCGCCUGGACUCUGUUGAGAUCCUCUUACCUCCAAAGUUCCCAAGCUGGGAGGAAGAAUACAACCAGAUCACUGACAACAUCAAUGAGUCCAGCUGCAUCAACCAGAUAUUUGGACAACCCUCAUUUAUCCCUCAGAUAUUUACACACGGAGAGCAGACAAGGGAGGCAGAGCUGAGUGACCAGUAUGAGGCAGUGUGUGACUCAAACUACAGUGAAGCUGAGUCAGCUGCUGUGGAGGUGCUGGACCUGCCACUGCCCAGCUACUUCCGCUCCCGGAGCCAUAGCUACCUCCGUGCCAUCCAGGCUGGCUGCUCCCAGGAAGAAGACACAGCCUCUGUGCGCUCCAUCUCGCCACCUCCAGCCAGCAGCAUCAGUGGCAGCAGGACACUUCCCAACAACAGCACCUGAGAUUCCAACCAUUCCUUCCUUGAGAACUGGCCCUGAAGGCUAAGAUGACUUCUCCAGUUUACAAGUCAGGACACAGGAGAAUAGCCACAGCACAGCAUCCGAGCUACAUUCCUGACCAGCCUGCUGGAAUCUGAGGAGGAA